CUACUGGAAUAAUCGAAAGCUCUUUGAGCUCUAAUUGGGCUGCCGUCACUACGGUGUAACCCCCUGCCGAAAUCGGAAUUUUUAGAAAAAGCCUGAAUUCUGGGCUCCGCAACGGCCCGCAACUUUUAGCUGGCACCUGGGGAGAACUGGGCAAUCGCAACCAACCCGGUCUAUUCUAACAAGGUUCAACCAGCUAGCUAGCUCAGAAAAAGUUCCUAAUCUUCGACAACGCAAACCACGAUGUCGUCGCAAUCCCCAGAACCCGCCGCCCCUACGGCAUCUACUCCCUCGCAGCCCCCCUCAACCAGCUCCCCCUCCUCCUCGCAAUCCGACAACGUGCCCCGCAUCCUGACCAACGACCCGGCGCGAACGGGCUUCGACCCGAAGACGGCGUGGUGGAUAAACUACUUCAAGAUCCUGACGGGGUCCAUGACCAAAGAAGGCAUGUUCCACUACCGGGAGUCGCGGUACCGGGAGCACGAGGCGCGGGACUGCGCGCGGUGCGAGGAGUACCGGGACUGGGCGUUCGCGCACUCGCCGACGGUGCGGUUCCUGCGCGAGAAGGCGCGCGCGCUCAACGGCGAGCUCGACGCGAGCAACGUCCUGUGCCGCCGCUGCCCGACCCGGCUCACCGAGGACGGCGAGGUGCACCGCGUCGGCGGCGGCUUCCACCCCGACCACGGCAUCCUGAUCUGCGCGAACGAGGUGCGGAACCGCCACCACCUGGAGGAUACCUUAGCACAUGAGAUGGUGCACGCGUGGGACCAUCUGCGGUGGAAGGUCGACUGGAUGGGGGAUAAGGAUUUGAAGCAUGCGGCUUGCACGGAGAUCCGAGCGGCGAUGCUCAGUGGCGAGUGUAGGUGGACGAGGGAGGCGUGGACGAGAGGGAAUUGGACACUGACACAGCAAUUCCAAAAUUGCGUACGGAAAAGAGCGGUACAGUCCGUCUUAGCGCGGCCGAGGUGUAAAGACGAUGUGCAAGCAGUUAAGGUGGUGAAUCAGGUGUGGGAUUCAUGUUUCGCAGAUACCCGACCAUUUGACGAGGUCUACAGAUAAGCAUUGACAAAACACUUCUGAAAGGAAGUCUGUAAUUACUACCUGUAACAACAUUCAUCCCCAUACUAGGACUAGGAGUUGAGGCAAGGGUAAAAUACGAAGCGAUGAGUAAUGAUGAAUCGUGUUUUUUUAUUAGAAUGAGAAUGACACGUGCAAUAGGUUCCGACUCCUUUCCCAUUAUGCAGAUUCCCAGCCAGAUUGCCCUUGUCCAAACGCCUAGUCGCUAAUGUUUACAAGUGAAGACUAUUCCUUAAUUCGUUGAU